GAAGGAGUGGAGAGGUGGCGGCAGAAAGUGCUCCAAGACACACUGCUCAUGUUCAGAGCUCAUGUUGGAGUGGAAGAGGGAGAAGAGGGAGAUGGUGGAGGGGUGGAGAGGUGGAAGAGAGAGGCCGAGAGGGUGAAGAAGGAAAUGAUUGACGAGUUGUCACGGUUACAACAGAGAAAACUUGAGCUCCUUGCUCAACUCACCACACUUGGCCCCUCCCCUGUUGUCAUGGAGAUGUUGCAUCGGCUGGGAGACUCUGCCCAGGAGUUGGACCAACAGAUCAGUAUCUGUGUGCAGCAGGGGUUACUGAGACUGGGUUAUGUCGGGGAGCAGCUGGUUGGUGCCUGUGAGGCCCAGAUGGAGGUCUGCAAGAUGCGACUCCUCGACAUUGGUGUGUGUGACGAGUCAUCUGUGUACCAGGUCCUGAACUCAGACUACAUACCACUGACUGAGAGACUGGCAGAGAAAGGACGGAGUGAGCUACGCAACAUAGAGGUGGCAGUCGAGGCCCACAUAGGACAGCACCAGUCCUGGUUCCAGUCUGUUCUCCAGUAUGGAAUUGGGACAGGGCAGCUGUGGCGAGACCAUUCUUCCGCUCUGUCGGAGGUCAGAAGGUCGCGAGAAGAGGCGCUGGAGCGGUUUCGUGUGGAGCACGACAUCAGGAACCAGAAUGUGGAGGCCAACCUGGACAUGGUCCUUGACCACAUGAGACAGGCUCCCAAUGAACAGGUGUUGGACAAGUGUCUGGAGGAGGCGAAUGCUCUACUUGAUGUGAUCAGUGGAGGGUACAAGGAGUUCCGUGAGGUUCUGUCAGAGCAGGUGGGAGCUGGUCCAGAGACAGUGGCUCGCUGUCUGUUGGACUACGACACUGCUCUCUGUGGCUACCUGGGAGUGGCCAGGAAUCCCCCACCUUCCUCCCCAAAGAACAAAAAGGGGAAAGUGGCCAGCAGAGCUAAAGCUGGGAGUAAGAAGUCAAAGAAGGCCACACCCACUGAUCCUGCCCCCAAGCCGAGCCUGGCGGGGAUAGUGGAGGAGGUGGUAGUACGAGGAGGUGCUGUGAGGUUCUACGUGGUGGGUGUGACCGAGAAUUCAACUGGAGUAUUCCUCACUCAGAAUGAAGAGUGUGAGGGAGCCCCUCAUGGUAUUGCCAAUCAAGCUCUCCCUCUCAGCAGAGAAAAGUACACACAGGCUCGAGCAAGUCUGAGAGUGGUGUACCUUGACCACCUGGAGAUGUGGAGAGGAGAGGUGAGAGGAGAAGAGGAGAGAGAGGCCAGGGAGAAGGAAGAAGAGGCUCGCGGGGAGCUGGACCUGCGAAUGCACCUCCAUCGCCCGAGGCAGUCUCGUAUCAGUCGAGACAUCCAGAGAGUAAGGGCAGCUGAGCUGGAGGCCCACAGAGACAGAAUUGGUCGCCACGCAAGAGCUGUGGCGUCAGAGAUCUCUGAAGUGAGAGCACGUGGUGGGACCGCGUCAGACUCCAUGGGGACUGAGGAAGAUGAGUACCGUCAGAAGAUGGAGGACUUGGCUCGUAGUCUGGCUCAGAUCACCAGUAGUGUGGGUCUGCAGCAAGUAGAGAAAAUGGGCAAACAUCUCCUGGAGAAGAGGCUGGAGAGAGUGGAGAAGAUAGGAAGUGAGGUGAAGACGUCGAUUCAGACUUCUCUCUCUGAGCUCUCCUCAGCCAACACUGCCUUCAGAGCCUCUCUCAAGCUGUUCUCUGAGGCCGGCAACUACUGCCCGGAGGAGGUGGAGCUGUUCUCACACAGGCUGGAGAGAUUGGCCGGGAAGCUGAGUGUAGUGGGGCCCCAGGUCCUGGCCACCGUGGCACAGGCCUCCUCUGCUCACUCCCAGGCUGCCACCAACACAUUCUCUCAAUUCUACAACAAGUACCAUCUUUACUGGAGCGAUGUGUGCCACCUGGAGGAGGUGAAAAAAUCUCUCACUACCCUUCAACUCUCUGUUCGUAGUGUGGUUGCCGAUAGCAACCUCCAGGCCAGCAGACUCCAUGAUGACAUCACCAGAACGAGGGAGCAAUUAGAGUCUGGAGACCACACCCACCUCCUCGAGAGUGUGCCCCUCCUUGUUACACUGCUCACUCAGCGAAUUGUCUACCUCCACUGCCGAGCCACGGUGCAGCAGGAGGGAGGGUCGGAACCACACUUCGGCAGGGGGGGAGGGUGGGCAGCCAACAGAAACAGCCCAUAUCUGCAGUGAAUGUGUCACAGAGCAUCAGAGAUCACACAAGAGCUGGUGGUGGCAAGGGCCCAUCAGUCACCAGUAGUUCAUCUGGUCACCAGCCACCCUCCAGGACUGAAGGCAGCAGGACCUUGAGUCGGAAGAAGGCAGCACAGGCGCUUGUGGAGAGGAAGAACAUCAACUUUGGUGUUGGAGGAGGAGAAGAUUGUAGGAGCUGUUUCCUGCCUCAGAUCAGGGCUCUCUUGUCCUCCAGCUACUCUCACCUCUUCACUACCACUGAGGUAUGUACAUACAGUAUAACCUCACUCACUGUGUAUAGGUGUGUCGACAUUAUGAACAGGUCUACUACACCGGUAAGGGUAGUCGGCCAGUGGCGUGUCAGCUGUUGUCCGGUACUUGCGAGGAAGCUCUAGACAGACUGAUAGAGACCUGUCAGGGCUACCGCAGGCAGUGUGAGGACUAUCGAAACAACGCCAUCUCUGAGUUCAGAAGUCAGCUGGAGGCUCUGCUGGCUCUCCAGGUGGGUGUGGCUUCACAUGUAAUGGGUGGAGUCAGAGCAGGCCACAUGGCGGAGUGGGAGAAGGAGUGGAGAGAGGCAGGGACCUCUCACCAGAGAACCAUGCAUGAGCUGGCAGUGAAGAAGGUUUGUCUCACACUAUCCAGGUGUAUGUUCACCAGUGUGAUGAUAAGGAGUGUCAUGAGAGGUAUCUGGAGCCAAGUCUGGGCCACCCGGGAGCCUCCCAGCAGCUGGCAGAGCUCUCUACUGCUGAGGAGGCCAGACACACACUCUGUCUGGACCACACCUCAUCUCACUCUGCCAGUCUCCAGGUGUGUGUGAAGGAAGUGAGCAGAAAACUGGCAGCAGAGCUGGCGACAGAGACACAGAGACUGCUGGAUCUCUAUGACACUGUCCCCACCACCAAUGAGAUCAUUCCUGGCAAUGAGGAGACUCCGGAGCAGCUGCCAGUAGAUCAACUACUGAGGCUGAAACUGAAACCAGCCGACGAUGUCAAAGAUGAAGGAGUCACGGUGAGCACCUCGCAGGCUCGCCAGUGGCCAGGUCUCUCCUUGCUCCUCCUGGAGAGAGUGGGACUGGAGCCAGAGGAGGCGGGGCAGCUGGGGUCACAGCCUCACAGCAGGAAGUCCAGCGAGGCUCACCAGGCAGUCAUCACUGCCAGAGACAGAGAACUGAAGGAGUUUGUGAAGUGUGUGGAGGAGAGAUUGGGGAAGAGGGAGAGGGAGGAGAGAGAGGAGAGGGGGAAGGAGGAGCGAUGGUGGGGGCACUGGACUCAGUCUCUCCAUUCUCUCACUCAACUAUACUCUUGACAAAAUUACUCCAGUUUCACUGUGAAAUCUUGAGACAUGCAUAAAGGAUGUAUAUAUAGUCUGGCCAUGGCAUUUCGUUGGUGCUCACUGAUGUCAUUA